UAUUUUCUAUCAUUUUCACCUCUUAUCUAAAUUUAUUGUUAUUCAAUCUCAUUUGCCCCUUCCAAACUUCAUUAUACAGGUGAUCACAAUGUCAUGCAACAUAUACUAAAAUAUUUAUUGUUGAUUACAAUCAAUCCAGUUUGACUGUAUUAAUAAAUUAGUAUAGUGGUAUGAAGUGUAAUUUUACAUCAGAGCUGAAGAAUGGGAAUGAGGAUUUGUGAUGAAACUAUGAGAAGAGUGAAUGUAAUGAUUUGGCUCAGAGAAUUUACUGUACUUUUUUUAAACAUUUUAUUUUUAAAUGAGGUCAAUUGGGAGGGAAGAACAUUAAUUGGACAAAAUUCUGAUGAUAGUAUUUGGACCUGACAAACUCUUGAUCGUGCUGGAGCGAUCUGAAGAAAUAUGGAGAAUGGACUGGUGAUGAAGUUGCUUUUGGGAGUUAAUUGCCUGGCUAUAGUAGGUAGAUAGUAUCAGGCCCAAAACCUAUAGUUUUUCAUAUUGUAAAUAGAGUGCCUCCACCAUAAAAUUCAUUUUUAUUUCGUCACGUAUGGUUAGGGUAAGACCUAUUAAAUCGUUGCAUGUUUUACAUAGCAGUUCCUGCAACUCGUGAAUUAGGACAUUUUUCUCUUCAGGGGGGGGCAGCAAACAUACGCUACAUCUUUUUGCAACGGAACCGAUUCACGAUGUACCGUUGGUCGCGUAAAAGCUUCUUCCUUGUGAUUUUCCAUUAAUUGUGAUUGGUGGAUUGCAGCCAGCACAGAAGCCUAGUAUGUGAAAGUAGAUAAAUGUAGGUUAUGUGUGAAUGCAAGUAUAUGUGAUAGUCGGUGGAACGUACGUUUUGAGAUAGGAUUCAUUGCUUUGUGUUGUGUGUGGAAUGGAUCGCAAUGUGACACCAACUCAGCUUAUCCAAAUGUCUACAGAACCAUUAAGAUCAGAUGGCAGUGAACUGACACCUUUACAGUCAAACCAAGAGCAAGGAAGAAGCUAUGGAAAUUUAGUUGCAUAUUGGAUUCUGGGUCUUUGUAAUAAUUUUGGAUAUGUUGUAAUGCUUAGUGCAGCCCAUGACAUCCUAAGCCAAAACUUCCAUGACAAUGUAGAGGAGGAAAGUUCUUCUGAUUCAGUAAGCAAUACAACCCGUGAAUGUAAUCCAACUUCAACUGGUGCAAUUCUGCUAGCAGAUAUUCUUCCGUCUUUAGCAAUAAAAAUAUUGGCACCAUUCUUUCCAUUUCUUGUACAUGUACGAAUGCUACUGGUAGUUUUGUUAGCUGCAGUUGGCUUCUUGCUGGUAGCCUUAUCUACAAGGGAAUGGAUUGCGGUCCUUGGUGUUGUGUGCACAUCAUUGGGAUCUGGACUGGGAGAAGUUACACUACUUUCCUAUAGUUCAAUAUUUGAUAAGGAUGUAAUAUCAACUUGGUCUUCAGGAACAGGAGCUGCAGGAAUUUUGGGUGCUGGUUCUUAUGCCGGACUAACUUCAGUUGGCCUCAGUGCAGCAAAUUCCCUGUUAGUGAUGUUGAUAGUUCCUGUCAUUAUGGCUGCCGUAUUCUGGCUGUUGCUUCGAGCCCCUGGUUCAAGGACAUGCACAUGGAAAUCAAUAAUAAACCGUAAUGAUAGUAGCCAAGUAAAUUCAGAACAAAGCCCAUCGUCGGUGCCUGCGCCUAAGCUGGAAAGCUCACCAGUUGAAUCACCUAAACCGCUCACUGUAGUGGAAAAAAUAAAGUUAAUUCCCCCACUUUUUGUAUUCAUGAUACCUCUGGGUCUAGUUUACUUGUUUGAGUAUUUCAUCAAUCAGGGAUUGUUUGAGUUGAUUUACUUUCCUGAUAUAUGGCUUAAUCUUCAUGAACAGUAUCGCUGGCUUCAAGUUACUUAUCAGAUUGGUGUCUUCCUGUCGCGUUCAUCGGUAAACUUGUUUGUCGUUCGCAAACUCUGGAUUCUCGCUGUUCUGCAGUUUCUGAAUGUGAUUUUCUUCACCUUUGAGGCAGUCUAUCUCUUCCUUCCCAGUAUAUGGAUAGUUUUUGCAGCAGUGCUGUGGGAAGGGUUACUUGGCGGUGCAGCGUAUGUCAAUACCUUUUAUAGGAUAUCUACUGAGGUUCCAUUUGAGAAGAGGGAAUUUUCUAUGGGAAUUACAAGCCUUUCAGAUGCAAUUGGUAUAGGGCUUGCAGGGGCCAUAGCACUUCCUGUGCACAAUAUUUUGUGUCAGUUGCCAAAACCAUACUAAAUAAUCGGGUGUGGUCUGUGUAAUUUUGUUUUUACUGUACUACUGAAACUGAUCACAGGACUUUAAGUUGUCCUGAAGUCUGUGAUAGCUAUGAAAAUGUUUUGUGAUAGUAUCCGUCAUGUUUCAAGUGUGCCAGCCCUAAGAAGACCUUGGAAACAGUUGCAUUUAAAGUGUUAUCUUUCAGCAUCUACAAAGUUGUUUCAUUGUUCCUGUGUUGUUAUUCUUGGUAUGAUGUGCUGGAAGAUGCAGCAUAAUUUCAUAAUCUUACCGAAAAUGUAGCAAAUUUCAAGGAUACUACCAGCUCUCUGCAGUCACUUCUGCCACCUGAUGACAAUCAAGCACAACCUGCUGUACAAAUCAUUUUCAUAUGUUACAGUAUUAAAGGUUGCCAUGGUGGUAAAGUUGGUUGUGACCAUGUGUGGACUUGUAGAUGGGUACCACCAGGGCUUAAAAUGGAUGCAGUAUGUCCCUCUGAAUUUAUGGGUACCCACACACAAGCCCACACAGUAUUACAACCCAGAAGAGCACAAGAGACAUAUUCCUGUGAUUCACAAUCAUUGUUGAACCUUGUAACAAAAACGACCUGGUCUGAGGUAUCAUUUGUAUACCACACACCAUCUGUAGCGUCUAGAGUGUUACUGUUGCUGAUUCUCCAAACUGUUGGCAAUGUUUGGUGUUGGUCAAUUGCUCAAUGUGAUCAGUUUAUUUAAAAUUGUUGACACAAUUUGCUCUCUGUGGGACCUAUUGCACCUGCUAGCCUAAUAGCAGCUGCACAUUAAUGUGGAAGAAUAAUAUUUUUUAAUGUUUUUUAUUAUUAAUUUAAGUACUAUGUCAUUCCAGUAUGUACGGUGGAUGUACUAACAAAAUGUGAAACACUUUUGUGCCAAGCUAUUUCUUCCAUCGCUUAAAGUGAAAGGAAAAUUAAAUUUUGCUGUUGUUUUUUUCUUCCCA